GUAUGUUUAGAAUGUGGAGAAGAUUAUUGUCCUAGUUGCUUUGCCAGAAUACACCAGAAGGGAGCACUGAAACUCCACAGAACAACUUAUUUGCAGGGAAAAACACGUAUCUCAGUUGGAAAAUUGGAAGCUGCACAGCAGUUCCUGAAAACUGUCCAUCCACCGGAGACUAAUGACUUCAUAAAUAAUGGACAGAGGAAAAAAGUGACCAAUGCAGUAGAAGAUAUAGUUGCUGUUCCUCCACCUUCACCAAGAACACCAACAGAUAAUACUGAGAAACAUUCUACAGUAUCUUCUACUGAGGACUGGGCUGAGAUUCAAAAUGGCGGAUUUUUUCUGCAUGGCACCUUUGAUGAAAAAGAAUCAGCCGAGUCUUUUCAAGAAGCUCUGAAUCAGUGGAGAAGUGGAAAUUGUUCCCAGAAAAGUAAAGAAGAACGUUCCUGCCAGGUUGGGUCAGAAAAUCCGGGAAUGUGUCAGGUGCAGACGAGCCCCCCAAUUAUGAAGAAGUCUACUGAAAUUGAAUUCAAAGAUGAUAACUUGAACUAUAUGGAAAGAUUAUUAAUUAAGAAGCAUAGAAGAACUCCAAUCGAUAAAUUGUCAUAUAACAUUAUAAUGGAUGAACUAAAAUUCAAGGAAUCAUUGUCAAAUGAAAUUCCUGAUACUUGGAACAGAGAAAAGGAAGAAGAGGAGGAGAAGGAGAAGGAGGGGGAGGAGGAGGAAGAGGAAGACAUAAUAAAUGCUCGUGAAAUAGCUACAGAAAUGAAAAAUUAUUGGGCAGAUGUUUUGGAACAAGAAGAGUCUGGGAUGGUUCUUACAAGCUCUGAGCCUUCUUUGAAAAUCAAGAUCCUUGAUGAUGCUUGUAAAGAAGAGGCAGAAGAAGAGUCCACUAAUUUUAUAGUAAUGGAAGCUGGGUCUGAUGAGCUGAUAUAUUAUGGUGGUACUAUGUCAAAAACUCAGAAGACUGAACCAGAUGUUUUCCUGCCUCCCUCCAUCAAUAUGACUACAAGGUCACCUCUUUCUUCUGUAGUUGACAGAGAAAAGGGCUUAACUUUUCUUUGUAACAGACAUGAAGAAACUCCAAAAACAAGAACAUCUUCACAGUUUGAAAGAGCUGAUGUUGCUGGUAGUUGUUCCUGUAGAGAAGAAAUGACUCCCAACUCCUUAUCUGAAAGAGCAAUAACAAAAGACGAGAGUGGUAAAAUCAAAAAGAAAAGCUUUUGCAUGUCAAAUGAGCAGACACCAAGUCCUCCUCAACUAGAUGCCAGCAAAUCUUUCCCAGCAAUGGAGUUAGUUAAAGAAAACAAUGUGUCUCAAGGCAUGCAUGAUUCUUCACCAGUCAUUCCAGAAUAUUCUUUGUUGUCACAGGUGGCCCUAAGAGAGAAACCUGUUUGUAACCCAUAUCAAGGACUUGAAGAAUUUUUUACAAUGGGUUCAAAUUGUCUGCAGCUUAAGAUGGAAUCCAUUCCUUCAUCAUACAAGGCCCGAGAUUCUCCAAAGAGCAUCAUUUCAUUUUCAGGACCUGAUCAGUGGACAAGGCACUUGAGUCUAGGGGAAUGUGCUGAUGAAUGUGUAGUACAAGAAAUAAUGAACAGUGAGCUUGGUAGACCAUUAAGUAGACUGGGAAGGCAAACUCCACGUACUCGACUUUCUCAGCCAAACUUAUCCAUUGGUAAUGCUUCCUCAAGACCUGUUUCUGCAAAUAUUCCCCUUUGCAAAAUUGUUAAACACCCUCCUCGCCCAUCUUCAGUCAUUGAGGCAGGAUCCAAACAUUUAAAUGCAAAACCUUUAUCUCAAGCUGCUUUUGAAAUUUCAGAAAUCUCAGGCAUUGAUGUCACUGAGAAUGAUGAUCCUUCUUUAGAGUAUUAUACCAGUCAACAAACUCUAACAGAUUUAGACCACGAAUUAAAGAGUAUUUCAGAUUCCUGGGAAAAUCUAAAUAGUUUAAACUGUGGAGACUUCAAUAGACAUUCAAAAAUCACAUAUCGGGAUUUGCAUAACAACCAUGAAUUAAAAGACUGUAGUCAAGGUGAUGCUGUAAGCCUCUAUGAUGAACAUUAUUCAGAUGAUGAGGAAGACAAGAUGGACAGACAGCAGGUGAUAGAAUUGCAAUGAAAAAAAGAAUCCAACCUCAUAUGAUCAUCUAUUUCAGCCUUCUAACCAAUCCAAAAUGCUUGUCCCAAGUAUGGUGGAUGAACUAAACCCAUAAGGAAGUAAAUAAAUAAAUUAAAGUCACAUUGAUACUAAAAGAUAAACGAAGAGCAAUAUAGUUGGGGUUUUCUUCCUGUCUUUUUCUGUAAGAGAAUUUAAUUUACAUUUGCCUUAUGUGUACCAGUGAAGCCAGGAGACAGCUUCAUUCAGAAAUGUUUAUAAAACAUUCUAGGUCUUCAAAACUCAAUUUAAGGGUGAGUGACCAAAUCCUCCAAACAGAACUGUUGACUAGUGUACAUCUUGACUAAUGAUUGUAGCUUACCUGGAUAUCCACAAAGGAAAGGACAUUAUGAAUACUUCUCUUAGGUUCAGGAUUUGCCAACGUUCUGCCUAUUCUGGAGACAUUGGCAGAAUCUUGGACAGUGAUGGUGAACCUCAGACACAUGAGUCAUAGGUGUCACAUCAAGACAUUUUGGGUAACAUGCCAGUGUCCACCAACACCCAGAAGCAAUUCUCUAAAUCACAGGCCAUUCUGAAAUGAUUUUUGGAGACUGCAAAGGCCAGGCAAAAAUGGGGUAUGCUCUCACAUGGCCUCUGGAGCAUUCAAAAAUUACAUCAGAAAGAAGCUUUCUGCUGCAGGAACGAAGGCCUUGUAUAACUUGAGGCUGUCUUGGAUAGUCUGGAGGGGCCUGUCAGCAGAAAGAGAAGAUUGUCUGAAGGUAAGUGGCAUGCGGUACUCCUGGGGAUCACAAAUGUGAUUGACCUGUUUCUUUAAAAAAUAAAUGAAUAUGUAAAGAAUUUCUUGUUGUAUGGAGAAAUGUGUGACAUGCUAGCAAAGUAAAGUUACGCAUUUUCAAAAUUUUUGACACGCCAAGCCCAAAAGCUUCACCAUCACUGAUGUAUGAAUCAAGUUACCAAGUCAAUUUAUUACCAGUUUUGAUGUAUUGUGGAAGCCUCACAUAGCAAUAGAAAUUUUGGACUCGGUUGUAGUUGUAAGUUGAGGACUACCUGUAAAAAACUAUAUGCCUUCUCACAUAGCCUGACAUUUUUAUUAUUGCUCAUUAAGCAUUUGUUUGUGACAGCUACAUUUUACUAUUUGGGAAGCAAAACAAUAGGGUUUUAAGUCAUAAACUACCAAGAGAUAGUAAACUGCAUGCAAGUGGAUUUUUAUUUUCAGAAAGGGUUCGUUUUUACGUACUACGUGUAGCUACUGGUAUGCAAGCAGCUAAUUGGUGAACCAUUGUGUGGGUUUCAAUUGCUGCAUCUUUAUAGUUACUGAAACUAGAGUUUGCUGAGCAUUCCCACUAGUGAAAUGGGAGAAUAAUAAACCUCCACAGUUCUACAUACACAUAUGUAUUUAAAAGCUGCAUGUUCUACAUUUUUAAAAAUUCAUGGAUUAAAAUCCCUACAAAAAUGUGGCCUAUUAAGAAGCCUUCUUUAUCCACUCCAAGAACCUCCCGUACAUUUUAACUUCCAAAUCUUUUUUUAAAAAGUGUAUUACACUUUCACCUCUAAUUUUUAAUGCAUGUUAUCUCAAGACCUUCAUUCAAUAAGUUAAAUAAGACUUCCAUUGUGUCUUAAAUUGCAUAUUUGUUGUUUAAAUAGGUUUUGUUGAUGAAGCCAUUAGGAUGAAAAGGUGAAAAAUUAAUUGCUGGUCUGAUUUUAUAUACCUACUACAGAAUUAGGAAUGGCUUAAUGUUUUUAACCAAUGCAAUUCUUACUUUUGUGGUUUUGCUGUACUAUUUAGAUUGCUACUAACUUCAAUUCUCUUACUGUUGUCAGGUUUCUUGUAUUCCUUUCAUUAGAGCCUGACUUCAUUUAGAUGGAUCAUUAAAGAAAUUAAUCAUUGGUGUCACACACAGUCUGACAUGCAGUCUCUAUUGACAAAUGUUUAUCUCUUGCAAUAAAAAAGCAACUUUUAUUAUCACAAUUAGAAUGUUUACAGAACCUAAAUGAGAACAAAUAACACUCUCAACUACUUUGUGAAAUGGAUACAGGAAAUAACUGUUCUCCUUUUUUAUAGUAUUAACCUUUCUCAGAUUACUUUCCUUGGCUUUACUGUAUUUUUCCACUUUCAUUGGAAAUUCAUUAUUGCUCCUUAUACAAACAUCCCUCAGACCUAUGCACACUUUGGGAAUGAAAUUUAGCCAACAUGAAAUUUCCUUGUGGAUCAGGCCAAAGACCUAUGUAGUGUAGCAUUUAGUUGUGUCAACCAGAUGCAAACUAGAAGUUUAAAGUGGGAUGUAAAGGUAAUAAUCCACUCAGCCAUGUACACUGUAAGAAUGAAUAUUAAGUCAUACUGCCAUUGAUUCUAGUAGUUAGAUGCAGCCAUCAAAAUAUCCACUUAGUAAACACUAAUAAUCAAAUUUUCCUUAAAUCUGUCUAAUUCCAUAGGUUCGUCCGCUAGAUGGCUAUUUAAAUUCAUGGCCAUCAUCAUACAGGAUGGCAGUGAAUUAAUAAAGUAUCUAUGUGUUUUACUGAGAAAAAAAUAUUGACCCCAUAUUUUUCCCAUAUUUUACUUUAAUAACCUCACAUUCUAAUACAAGAAAGGAGAAUAAGGGGUUUUUUUACAAUAAAAAGGUUUCUUUCCCUUCUUUUCUUCACUCCGAAUCAAGAAGUUCCAAAUAUUAAACCUUCCAAACUUUCCAAAUAACUAUGUUCUUUAGUAGUUAUUGCAAUCCCCUAAUUAUGUUUACUUCUAUUGCAGUAUAUUUUUCAAUUUUACAAUAGCCUUUGUGAAAUAAUUUCCCAUCUGAUUUUGUACCACAUAUUUAUAUAACUCCAUUAAUAUAUUGGCAGUUUGUGUUUAUUCCUUAUCUAAUAACUCCUUGCAUGAAAUUCAGUUUUUUUUACAGCUAUAACACACUGAGCUGUUACUUUCCUUGAGUUAUCCAGCAUGUUUCUAGGAUCCUUGGUUGGCUUCAGUUUCAAAUAUAUUUUAAGAUACACUUUUUAUUGUUGAUAUUAAUGCUUGUUGCAAUCAGUUCCUCAGUGCCUAUUAAAUUGUUUGCUUUGAAAGGUUA